AUGCACCUGUCAUCCGACGAUGAGCAUGAUCGGACUCAUUUGGCAAGCUCAUUCCGAGAAGAAAAUAGAAACCGACGAGCAGUAGGAGGCGACUACAUCUGUGCUCAUUGGAGACGUCGCGACUUUGUCCGAGCUCAUGGAAAGGAGCUGCCCAGUAUCGAGGGCACUGCUAAGCAGUUGAAUGAACUUUGCAAGCGAUGGGCAGUGUCUCGGAUCUUUCUAGCGACCGAUGCUUAUGACGCCGAAGUUGACCAACUUGCCAAACUUGUGACAGUACCCGUGUUCAGAUACCAAAAUGCUGAUCUGCUUGAUGGUGCCGUUGCAAUAGUCGAUCAAUGGAUCUGUGCCCACGCCCGAGCAUUUACCGGAAGUUACGUCUCCACAUUUUCUUAUCGAAUACAGGAAGAUCGAGAGAUUUUGGGUUUCCCACCGAAUACCACAUUCAAUCGCCUCUGUCCUGAUGAUGUGCAUGACUGCGAGCAGCCGGCCAAAUGGACGAUUGUUUAUGAGUAA